AAAUAAAAAUAGAAAAUGGAGGGAUGCAGCGGAAGUGGAACGUGGAAUGGAGUAUGAUGUAUGAGAGUGGAUUAGUUGAUUAUAGUGUUAUAUAUAGCGUCCCUCCUUUGCUUUCCGAGUUUCCGUGCAGAGGGAUCCUUCUCAGUGCUGCGACGAACACGACGUCGUGAUGGGAUUUUUCAAAAGGAUAGCCGGAUAUCUAGGGUUUGGAAACCACGAACACGAUUCCAAGGAUGAGGCCCGCGAUGGUCAACCUCGUACCACACAACCUCGUAAAGGCUUCAGUGUCCCUGCCCAGGUCGUCGUCGAUCGCCCCCACCUCGCUCCCGUUCUCACUCCUUCUACUUCCGGCGACGGUGGAAUUCAGGGUCUGGAUUGGUAUGUAAAGCGUCUUAAGAUGGAUGAAGAUGGUGAUUUAGCAGAUGAAUUCCUUGAUGAGGUUUCAUCAGAGAAGCCAGAAGGACAUGCAGUAGAUCAUCAUAAAACACAGGCAAGGUUUAAACCAAACAAUGCGACCAAGUCAGUCAGAGUGAAGAAACAGAUCCUAUUAGAUGGGAAAAUUAUUCCACAGAUUGUGGAAUCCCACCAGGGCAGAUUGUAGAAAAAUUUGAUUUGGCUAUUGAUUCGUUGGGCUUUAUCUGUUUAGUUGUGCAUACAGUGGAACCUGCAGUUAUAUUUUAACUGAGCUUUACUUGACGGUUCCUUUUUGCUCUUUGGCUUUGUCUUUCCUUGGCUAUGAAUAUGUUUGGGAAUUGCUACAUUUGAUGAAAGUGUGUGGGAGUUAAACUACCCAACAAGUUAAGCUAUAUUAGAGGCUGUCAGGUUUUUAGGUCUAGCUGUUGAAGUUUUUUGCUACAGGCGUUGAAUAAUGUAGAUGGGUAUCUGGGUAAGAGGCCUACAUGUGAGAUCUACAAAGAAGCUCUGAACUUUAACAAGUAGACGCAUUUGAAGUGUAUCCUUGUGAAUUAUGGUAGUCUCCUAUAAGUAUUGAAAUGUUGGGCGUAUGAUUCUGCUAAUUAAUUGUGACUGUUUGUACUUGCU